AUGUCUCAUCCCUACAUAGAAAUUACAAGCACCAAGCAAUUCGAAGAUAUUCUCGAAAAGAACGAAUAUGUUUUAGUUGAUUUCUUUGCUUCCUGGUGUGGCCCUUGCAAAAUUUUAGCUGAAUAAUUCGAACCUAUUAAGAAAGAUCACAAGAACCUAACUAUUGUUAAGGUUAACAUUGACGAAGAAGAUUUAGAAUCUAUUGUUGAAUCUCACAAUGUUUCUUCUCUUCCUCACGUUUUCUUAUACCACAAGAAGACUGUUGUUAAAUAAUUCAUUGGUAACCAAAAAGACCAAUUAUGGGAAAUGGCUAAACUCAGUGAUGCUAAGUGA